UACAGUAACACUGUGACGAUCUCGAGGAAGGGAGAAAAACAAAAAUUUUCUACACUUCAACGACUUCUAUUCAUCUAACGCAACUGUGCGACUGUAGUAUAUUUUUAAAAGUUCAGAACUGCAUUCAAGCGGACUAAUAACAAGAUCAGAGCUUGUUUUUUUGACAACUGUCUACUGUUUUAUUGGAAUUUAUCAAUAGUUAUGGCAAAACUUAUCAUCUUUGUUUUCUUGACAAUGGCAGUCACCAGACAGGUGGGUGCCAGCUGCCCGGCGGUGUGUGAGUGCCCAGCCAUGCCCCUCUCGUGCCCCCCCGGGGUGAGUGCGGUGGCCGACGGCUGCAGGUGCUGCAAGGUGUGUGCCUCCCAGCUGAACCAGGACUGCAGCCCCACGAUGCCCUGCGACCACCACAAGGGACUGGAGUGUAACUACGGCAAUGACGUGACCCUGGCCCAGGGCAUCUGCAGGGCAAAAACAGACGGUCGUACGUGUGAGUACAACGGGAGGAUCUACCAGAACGGCGAGGAUUUCCGCGCCGGCUGUAAACACCAGUGUACCUGCAUCGACGGCGUCGUGGGCUGUUCUCUGCUCUGUGCCAACCGUCUGCCCCCCGCCACCCCCUCCUGCCCCUAUCCCCAGCUGGUCAGGGUGCCAGGGCAGUGCUGCUUCACUGUGGACUGCCACAAGGGUACCGGGCGCCUUCCCCCCACCAAGCAACAUCACCAACCAACACAACCCAAACCUCAGCCAGACCAGUACCAGCCAGAUAACACACUGGCCAAUGAGCUGGUGGAGAGAGGCAAGGUCUGGGAGAAUGAACAAGGCUACAAGCACCUGCCUGUAUGGAAGCAUUCGUUAGAGAAGUGUGUUGUCCAGACAACGGACUGGUCCCAGUGCUCACGAAGCUGUGGGAUGGGAGUGUCCUCACGCAUCACCAACGACAACGGCCAGUGUAAGCUGGAUAGAGAGACGCGCCUCUGCACCAUCCGUCCCUGCGGUGACGUAGCCGUCCCGCCCAAGAAGGGCAAGAAAUGCUCCCCGACCCCAAAAGCCCCAGAACCCAUGCGUCUGUCGUAUGGCGAGUGUCAGAGUGUCCGCCUGUACCGGCCCAACUACUGCGGUGCGUGUACGGAUGGUCGCUGCUGUUCGCCACAUCGCACGCGCACCGUCCCUGUGACCUUUGUGUGCCCGGAUGGUGAGCGUUUCCAGAGAGCCGCCAUGUUCAUCCAGUCGUGCAAGUGUAGCAAGGAAUGCGGCCAUCUCAACGAAGUGGCCUUGCCACCACAGCACUGGAUGUAUGGAGACACACAUAAGUUCAUCGACUAGCUUGACCGUGUUUGAAAAGAAUCCUCAAAGUUGACUGAGAACAUUGACAAGGGAAGGGUGACAUUUUUUAAAUAAAUACCAUGGGCCUUGAGGGUGUUUUUCUCUGCAGGCUUCAAAUAACAGAACUGAGCUUCACAAUAGGCUCUCAGUAAAAGCCUGGCACUAUAAUAACUAACUCCCAAAUAGUAAAGUACUUACUGUAUGUUUGACUGGAGUGGUUUUGAUUGACAGGUGAUCGAUCCACUCCUGAAUGUUCCUCAGACAUGGGUCUGAACUGAGGCCUACAGUCCCACCUGGUGUUUUUGUUUAGUUACGGUUUGACAUAAUGAACAAGACCCAGCCGCGAGUUGCUAAGGCCUCCACAGCAACGACAGAGAGAAACAGACGACAACACAGCACUGUGUUGUAGAAUAGAAACACAUGAACUUGAAGGAACUGUACAGGGUUAUUUGCUGUAUAAAGUGAUAUGAUGCUUUGCCACUAACCAGGGCCGUAUUCACUAGGCACCAAAUGGAAGAAAAGAGUCUGACACAGCGACGGACAAGCUGAAGUUGUUCAAUAAGAAAGGCUUGUUUUGGGUAUCCGUUGCAAAACAUUUUGCUAGGAUGUGCACUAAUGACUACAACCCAGCUAUAUGAGGGCUGGAGUGAUACCGGGGCAUCCCACAAUGCACUAAGAACAGUGACUAUAGAAGUUAAGUGACAUCAAGACUGGAUGGGCUGAAACGUCUUGACAAAGAGACUGACAAGUUGGAGCAUGGGUACUCGUGAUAUUAACGUUAUUUAUUCGUAUUCUUAUCCAAAGAACUUGACACUAACUCUCUGCAAUACAAAGUGACGUUCAGUGUAGUUGGGAUGAUGAGCUGUCUAAAAUCAGAGAUUUAUGUGAGAGGUGGUAAUGAAAGAAAUGUGUGUCUCAAAUGGCACACUAUUCCCUAUAUAGUGCACAAAGUAGUUCUCUAUGCAUGGAAUGGUAAUGAUAGAUAGCCUGUCUCCACUGACUGCAAUACUAAAAGGAGCUCUGUCUGUAAAUGAGACGUGUUCAGAAAUGACUGGACCAAUACCAAUUUACUUCAAAUGACCUCUAAUCUCUUACCAUCUUCAGAUUCAGAUACGUUUUAUUAGCAUGAAUGACAAAGCCACUGUUGCAAAAGCGAAGUGAGAUAAUGUAACCAACAAUAACAGUACAAAUAAUAAAUGCAUAAUAAUAAUAAUAAUAAUAAUAAUAAUGAGAAUAAUAAUAGAGAAUAAUAAAUGAUUAAUAACAUUGGAUAAUAAUCUUCAAUAUUAUGUACAUGUUUGGGAUUCAUUCAUGUAUUGUAUGCUGUUCCUGAAAUCCGAAAAACUAUUGCUUAUACAGCUUUAAUUAUUUUUUGUUACUCCAAAACUAUAAUAUGAAAUAUUUUACUAUAUAACUGUAAAAUACAAUUGUACAACGUCUACUUCAAAUGUAUGUUUGUCAUAACUGAGAAUGUGUAGCCAAGCUAUUAAAUGUCACCAGUGUAUGUUGGUGUUUACGUGAUACAAAGCUGACCUGUGUGCUUCAGCGUUUCAGUUACAUGUGAUGUUUUAUUUUAACUUGACUUGUACCGUUUCAAAUUCUCUCAUUUGGCAGUCAUUUGAUUAGCCGUUAGUAAGAGGUUGGUCAACUUAAAGGGAUAGUUCCUAAAACACACCAACUUGGCUGCUGACAUGCUCACUUUCUUGGGAAUGUGUUAAAGGGAUAGUUCACCCAAAUUACAAUACAACAUAUUGGUUUCCUUACCCUGUUAGCAGUCUAUGGACAAGGUAUGACAGUAAUCACUGCUUUGGUUUUGUUUACAUAGUCACUGUUUCCACUGUUGGCACAAAUUCAAUGCAAGUCAAUGGUACCGAUAUAAGCAUUUUUCACGCUUCAUGUCCAAAUCAUCUAUAAGUAACUUCCCUGAGCUACACAAUCAAUUUGAGAUACUUUAGGAUGAUUUGGUUACUAAGUGAAAAAUUGCUAAUAUCAGUACCUUUGACUUACAUUUGGAUUUGACUACACAUGCUAAAAAGUUAAGAUUUGGAGACAGUGACCAGGUAAACAAAACCCAAGCAUGGAUUGCUGUUAUGCCUUGUCCAUAGACUGCUAACAGGAUAAGGAAACCAAUAGCCUGUAUGCCAUUUUGUGAUUUGGGUGAACUAUCCCUAACAGUGGACUAAUGAACAAAAUACUAAACUGUUCCUUUAAGACUAUACCGUUAAGGUGGGGUGAAAAGGAUGAUAAAAAGCCACUCCAUUAUUUGUAUCACUGAACAGGAACCCCAGUAUUGAUUAUGUCAACAGAAACACACAGGGUCCGGAUGGAGGGUGCACAGACUAGACCAGUCAUUAUGGGGCAGAAAGUAUGGGGAGACCCAUUGGGGUUUAGACCUAUUAUCAAAUGUAUUUACAUUUUAGUCAUUUAGCAGACGCUCUUAUCCAGAGCGACUUAUAUGAGCAAU